AUGGGACCAGAAAAACCGAAUUCUAUGGAGAGAAUUUCACNGAGAAUGGGACCACAAAAACCGAAUUUCAUAGAGAGAAUGGGACCACAAAAAACCAAAUUUCGUAGAGAGUAUGGGACCACAAAAACCGAAUUCUAUGGAGAGAAUUUCAACAAAAAACCGAAUUUUAUAGAGAGAAUGGGACCGCAAAUACCAAAUUUUAUAGAGAGAAUGGGACCACAAAAACCGAAUUUCAUAGGGAGAAUGGGACCACAAAAACCGAAUUUCAUAGAGAGAAUGGGACCACAAAAACCGAAUUUUAUAGAGAGAAUGGGACCACAAAAACCGAAUUCUAUGGAGAGAAUGGGACCACAGAAACCAAAUUUUAUAGAGAGAAUGGGACCACAAAAGCCGAAUUUCAUAGAGAGUAUGGGACCACAAAAGCCGAAUUUCGUAGGGAGAAUGGGACCACAGAAACCGAAUUUCAUAGAGAGAAUGGGACCACAAAAACCGAAUUUCAUAGAGAGAAUGGGACCCCAAAAACCGAAUUUCAUAGAGAGAAUGUGA